CUUCCUCGAGCAACCAAAAAACUCUUCCGAGUCUUUCUUUCUGUUUCUCUCUUCGUAUCUGCACACUGAAAUUUCAAGCCUCAAUCUUUAGGUUUUCCAAAUUGGAGUUGCAAUUACUAACUUGAACACAUAAUUCGACCAAAAAAAGAAAAACAGUGAACAAAGCAUGGGUUGGAACGAGGUAACCGGGUCGGGGCAGCAAGCUGGGCCGAGCGGAGGAGAAGCGGGUCCCAGUAGCAGCGACCCUGGCUCGGCGCGGCGGUUCCAACUGGCGGCUCAGCCGGAGAUCAUGAGAGCAGCCGAAAAGGACGACCAGUACGCCUCCUUCGUCUACGACGCUUGCCGCGAUGCCGUCCGCCACCUCUUGGGUACAAGAACUGCUGUAGCUUACCAGAACGAGACAAAGCUUCUUGGGCAAGUGCUUUAUUACGUUUUGACAACAGGGUCAGGCCAGCAAACUCUUGGGGAAGAGUACUGCGACAUCACUCAGGUUGCAGGGCCUUAUGGGCUGCCUCCAACCCCAGCAAGGCGAGCACUUUUCAUUGUGUACCAGACGGCACUUCCUUAUAUUGCAGAACGAAUUAGUUCUAGAGCUGCUAACCGUGGCAUAGUACUUGCUGAUUCCGAUGAGCUCUAUGGCAAUAAUGCUUCAUUGAGCAAUGAUGUUCAGUCUUCUUCAGUCACCCCUACUUCAACUGCCUCUACAUCAGGGGCAUCUGCUUCAGCUAUCAGAAGAUUAAAAGAGAAAUUCAACGGAUUAUGGCUUUCUUUAGUUCGCAGAUGGCCUACGGUGCUUCCUAUAGCUCGUGAAUUUUUGCAAUUGGUUAUUCGUGCUAACCUCAUGUUCUUUUACUUUGAAGGCCUCUUUUAUCAUAUAUCAAAACGUACAGCAGGCAUUCGUUAUGUGUUCAUUGGAAAACCAUCCAACCAAAGGCCUAGAUACCAAAUUCUGGGCGUAUUCCUGUUGAUUCAGCUCUGUAUUAUAGCUGCUGAAGGACUGAGGCGGAGUAAUUUAUCUUCUAUCGCAGGUUCAUCUCAUCAGACUUUUGGUACACAUCAAACUUCUGGAGGUCGAGAUUUGCCUGUGUUAAAUGAGGAAGGUCAUUUGAUAUCAGCAGACGCUGCCAAGGGAAGUUGGGUCUCUGAUUCAUCGACUUCAGAGUCUCAGGCCAGUGGGAUGAGCAAAUGCACACUCUGUUUGAGUAAUCGGCAACACCCAACAGCCACACCUUGUGGCCACGUAUUUUGCUGGAGUUGCAUUAUGGAGUGGUGCAAUGAAAAGCCUGAAUGCCCCCUCUGCCGGACUCCCAUAACUCAUUCGAGCCUAGUUUGCUUGUACCAUUCAGACUUCUAGUAUUCGAUCGCGGUGCACUACAGUUUUCACUAAACAGAAAGGAAAAUCAACUUGCAACCAAGCAGCAGCUUGUCCUCCUGUUUAAUGACAACCACCAUAUUUAUUCAGUUAUUGUAUGUCACUGAGAAUAAUAAAUAGGUUAGAAUAGAAUGGAGCAGCACCUAUGUGCCUCAAAAAUAGUGGUUGUAAGCUUGUAAUUGCCUCAUUUGAAGAUAGAAGAUCAAUAUGCGUAGCAAAGAUUCUAUUUGAGUGUCGAAAUAAUUCUUCAAAUAUAUAAUUUAAUC